AUGAUAAGGUCUCUACGCCCCGGCCGUCUUCUGCGACCUGGCCGUGGGCUUCGUCUGCCACGUUCAUGCCCUAUUUCUUAUCACGCCCUCCCUCACGGUCAAUCACGACACUUAAAAAAUGCCCGAAACUUGUCGAAUGAUGAAUUCGACUUCCUCCUCUCCUACGCCAAAUUACCGAAAAGUCCUCUGUCCGGCCCCGAUCGAAAGGAUCCCGAUGCUUGGAUUCCACACCUGGUGAAUUGUUUGCAGCCAAAACGAAAAGGAGAGCAACCUGUGGACUUGUCCCGCUCGGGGGACAAGUCCGCAGUGUCGCUUUUUGAACACACCGAUGAUCUCAAUCGGGCUCAAACGUUGAGAUCUUACCUAUGGUUAUCGAAAAAUAAUUGUGGUGUGGAUGCUCUGGUGCAUUUGGGGUUCUCGAAGAAUCAGUGGUCUAGCGUUCAUGCGAUGCUGAACGAGCUCAUUGACGCCUAUGAGGUCCUUGCUCCUUACAUAGGACCGAAGAACCCUCUUCCGGGAUUCAAUUGGGCCACUAAAAAAGCCCCAUCUUUAGAUGAUUUGACGGAUAAACGGCAGUUCCAUGGCACGGAAAUCCCUAUUCAACACAGUUUCUGCAAACUUGACCUCAACGUCCUGACAAGCGGACAAGGCGCGGAAAUACUGGGCGAAAGGCUACUGGCAACGGUAUUCCUGAAUCUGGGGACACUGGUGCUGGCAGCUGCGGACAGUUCAUCAAAUCCAGAACAGUCUAAGCUUGCAAUGUCAUGCGUAUUCCGCAUCCUUGCUCGCUUGCAUCAUUUGGGUCUGAUCUCUGAUAAGGUUUAUCAAUAUCCUACUGCUGAUCCGAGCCAGCUUUCUUUUCGACCUCCGGGUCUGCACCUUCUCUCUAGCCACAUCAUGACCGUUUUAUCUGAUGCGGCAUGGCGUGAACAUGAAGCAACUCUCGCAAACACGGCCAACGAAGCAGGAGAGGACCCGCCGUUUCUCCCGUUCAAUGUGGGAUUCCGGGAGCUUGGCCCCGAGAUCUGGUUGGAACUCAUCUUGUGGUGCUGUGUUGAAAAUGGGUUUCCGAGAGAAGGCGCGGUUUUGGUGGGAGAUAUGAACAACUCGAAACGAGUCAACAAUGAAGCAUGGUGUAUCAAGAGUUGGGCGCCACUGGUUCAGGCUCUUGACACAGUCCGUCAGACAAAUGUAAGCACGGAAGCAUCCUGGCGUAAUCCGGGGAAUAACGACCCACCCCGAAGGUUCAACGGUGUCAAAAAGCCCCCUUUCAACGGUCUAGGAGAGCGCACGAUCAGCAGAGAAGUUGUUGUGUCGAUACGCGACAGCCUUUCCAAUCACUCCUAUGUUUCCAUUGGGUCCACUGGAUUGUCUGCCUUGGAGUUGCUAAAUCUCACCGCUCCUCUCAACCAGCUUCUUGAGUCUGCCGGGCCCUCAGAUGAACUUCGUCCGACAAAUAGGAUUACCAAUUGGCAUUUCCAGCGAAUGCUCGAGUCUGGCGGUUUCUCUGUUGAGGAUGACCCAGUUUCGUUCGAGAAGCUUCUUCGGACCACCAAAAAUCUCGUCCCCCCGUGGGAAGAACCGAUCCCCACAGAUCAACGACUCGAUAAGCUUACAAGAGCACAAAUAUAUGAUGAGACUUUCGCUAUUUCAGGACUCAUUCAACAUGCCAUCAGGUCUCACGUUCGAAAGGGGCAAUCUGGACAAGCCCUCCACGCAUAUGCCUGGCUGCAGAACAUUGUUGAUGCCAGCAAAGUACAUCAUAUCUCACACUUCUUUGAAAGCUUGAAAGAAGACGAUACCAAAGACGUCUCGUUCUUCGAUUCCGGGCAACUUGGCUCGAGCUUGGACCAAAAGUCCCUUCCACAAAUGUCAAAUUUGGUUUUGGGUGAAUUGCUUGACAUGGUCACUACCAUCCGAGCGUUUGAUUUCGGAAACUGGCUACUCUUCAAUGAUGAUGUUGAUGGGCCCUCGAUUCCACCGGCUUCAUAUGGCGACCAAGUCAUUGCACCAUCGAUUCUCCGCUUUGCAGCCGCCACCCAAAAUAAAUCCCUCUCAGAUCAAGUCAUUGCAUCUUUAGCCUCGCCAGUUACUGCCAACACGCUGAAGGCUCUCGUCAACCUCCAUAUCUCGAACGAAUCCUGGGACCGUGUAAUUCGCACACUGGAAUUUAUGCGCGACUUCAGGGCAAACUCCUGGGGUUUUAGCAAUAUCACCGCACUGGGCGCCAAAAUCAUCAGGCUCGAUGCUAUCAUACAGCGCAAACGAGGGAGCGGAUUUCAAUCAGCGACAGAGGAGAUAGCCUCUCUCGAAAAAUCAAAGGAUAUCUUCCUUCGGAUUUUCGCUGGGGAAUUCUCAAUCGCAUCUAGCAAGGGCUUACGUGUGGCUGAGUUUCAAAAAUUGGCUCUUAAGCGCAUGGCGGGCAUGUUUAAAGCCCUCCCCGGUCCAUUGUUCGCCCUUCUCAAGCAAGCCGAGCUGGCCACUGGUGCUAGAGGGCGGGACAAGAUCAUUCACAUUCCCACAAAUUCUUUCCAUGAUCUCCUCUCUGCCGUGAUAGACUCCAGAGGCAGUGUGGCUGGGAAGCGCUUGUUUGACGAUUGGUGUGUGAGCCGUCCAAGUCCGACAGAAUUACGUCGACGAGAUGGCGGAAAUACUCGACUGCUCACUGGCGAUGAACGAGACCUUGAUAAAGGCGAUCCCGAACAUGAUUUUGAGUGGAACGAAUAUGUCAAAAGCAAGCCAACCACGCCGAACUUGAACACAAUCCGCCUCAUUGCACAAGCCGCCUACAGGGAAUUUCAGCUAGAAAGUUCACUGAACAUUACACCUCGACGGAGUGAAACACGCUCUCUUCUCCAACCCCAAUCCUCCCCAACACCCUCUCUCCUCAGCCCUACCCAAACAACCGUUGGCAAGAAGACCCACACAUACAGGCCCAUUUCCCGCCCAGGUGCUAUUCCACCCUCAUCAGAAAUCGAAGCUGUCCUUGAUUUCUGCGUGGACAAGUUCCUUCGUGCAGGCUUGGGCGAAGAACAAAUCGAGCAAGAAAUUCCAGGACACUGGGCUCGCAUGCGCGAACGGAACUUACUCGAACAAGUCCCUCGCCUCAAUCGAAAGCAGGUCAAGCUCGCUCAAGAUCCCUGGAUGGAUGUUACAGUGAACGAGGGCGAUAAAAACAAGCAGCAGAAGCGUUCGGGCUACAGGAAGUCCAGGCAUCCUCGGACAGACGCUGUUGAGGCCAAGUUCUCGCAGAAACACCGUUUCCAACCCACAGCGCUCAAGGCCGAAGGCCUCGUUUAA